GAUUGAAAUGGAGGAUAUAGUUGAAGAGCCUGUCAUGGAUAUCGACAGCUGUGAUGCAAAGAAUCCUCUCGCAGUUGUGGACUACAUUGAAGAUCUCUAUGCCUACUACAGAAAAAUGGAGAGUUUUAGCUGUGUCUCACCAAACUAUAUGGGACAACAGUUUGACAUUAAUGAGAGGAUGAGGUCUAUACUGAUUGACUGGCUUAUUGAGGUCCACGAUAAAUUUGAACUCAUGAAAGAGACAUUGUUCCUUACAGUUAGUGUAAUAGAUAGAUUUUUGUCCCAACAAACAGUGGUCAGAAAGAAACUUCAGUUUGUCGGUUUGGUUGCCAUGCUCUUAGCAUGCAAGUAUGAGGAGGUUUUUGUUCCUAUAAACUGUUACAUAAUGAAAGAGAAUGAGAGGCUAAGGAAGAAAGCGCAGCUUCUCAACCAGGAGAAUCAAGUGCUGCUCUCUGAGCUCAAACAGAAGCUCUCCAAGGGAAACCCGAAAUCCCAUGCUCCGAACAUUAUUCUUGACCUCAAUAUCUGCUCCAGCUCGAACCAACAUCCUUCUGGUUCCAGCAACUGA